UCGGUCUAGCGCUCACAGAUGGUACUCUGCUCGGACCUGGCUUUACUGGACUUCUGCUGUUCGGACCCAUGCAACACGGCGUAGGGAACGAGUAAUGCACAGCAAGAAGCAAGGAAACGUAUUACUUGAACGACGCAAUAGCGCAGGAGGUUUUUCGGGGAUAUUAAACCCAGAGCCACGAACACAAGAGAGAUGCCGCGGGUUUGUCUACGACUUCAAGCCAGAUCUCCAAAUGGCUUCAAUUACGCCUGGACUUUAUCUCAGUUCACAAGACGUUGCAUCAAAUUUAGAACUUUUGAGAUCGCGGAACAUUCGUCACAUCAUUAACGUUGCUUGGGGGAUCCCCAAUUAUUUUCCUCAACACUUCCGAUAUCUGAAACUUCGGCUCUUGGAUUUACCGGAACAGAACGUUCGGCUAGUAUUCGAAGAGUGCUUCGACUUCAUCGAUGAAGCGAUGUCCACAGGAGGUUCGACGUUAGUUCACUGUAACGCCGGGGUGUCCCGUAGCAGCACAAUCUGUAUAGCAUACCUGAUGAAUCGACAACGGAUGCGGCUGGUUCCUGCCCUAAAUCAGGUGCGGAUGGAGCGACCAAUAAUACGGCCCAAUGACGGAUUCAUGCAGCAACUGAAAGAGUAUGAAAAGGAAAUACAUCCUCUCACAACCUAAUGGUUCUGUUGCUGAGGGAACAUGUUUCACGAAUUAACAUCACCAGCCAGUUUAUUUUCCAGCUUAUUAAGCAAGUGUCCAUAAUACGCCAAUGACGCGAUAAAAAAUACGCAUAUGCAUAAAUAAUGCAUGCGUUAUCUUACGAAGCAUUUAGAUUUUUUCUAAAUAGUUUAUUCUAUUUCAUAGCACUUUUCAGAGACGUUUUGUACGGGGUUCUCAAGAUCAAAAACCCAAUUUACUAUGGCGAAGCCCUAUUUUAAUAAAAAGUGAUGAACAAUAAGGACGUACCAGUACAGAAAUGUACCAUACAUGUGUCUUUUUAUAAAAUGUACACGAAUUCUCAUUACAAAUACGACCAUGAAGAUAUCUGAAACAAUAAUACAUACGACAAAUAUUUCUGCUUAUCACAAAUGUGUAAAUAACCCACUUUGAUCGACUGUGAAAAAUCCUCGACUGUGUCAACGUCUCCUUAGUCUCAUUUUAGCGAUAUGAUCCUACACCAAGCGGUGAGGAAAUCGAUGUGCAUGUGAAACAGUUGUGCUAACGCUGACAACCAUGAAAUAUUUUAUAAUUUUUAAUAAAACUUCUCUCAGAGGACCACGAAUGAGAAACCUUAUGCUACUUUGGUG